GUUGCUGAUCUGGCAUCACUUCCAUAGUCACCAUUUUAAAAUUUUCCGACGAAUUUGUGGCGUGGAUCCUAGAGGCUUCAACGUGGGAAAUAAUUGUGUAAAGAUACAGGUGAAAUUAUUUGCAAUUUACUAAUUUCCUUCUGAGAAUGAAUUCCAGUGAAUGUUACAAGUGCCAUAAGACGGGCCAUUUUGCUCGUGAUUGUCCCUCUGGUGAUGGCGGUCGUGGUGGUGGUGGAUACCGUGGGGAUUCCCGAGGAUCGUCUAAUAGAGCGUCUUGUUACAACUGCGGCCGCAGUGGACAUUUUGCUCGAGAAUGUCGUGAAUCUGAUAAAACAUGCUAUACUUGUGGAAAAUCUGGCCAUAUUAGCCGCGAUUGCACUCAAGGAGGCGGUGGUGGAGGUAGCAGUGGUGGAGAUAGAAAGAUGACGUGCUACACAUGCGGAAAAUCUGGCCACGCAUCACGAGAUUGCCCAAAUGAUCGCGAUGAUCGAAAAUGCUAUUCCUGCGGAGACACUGGCCACAUCAGCCGUGAUUGCCCCGAAGGUGGAAACGAUCGCAAUAAUGGAGAAGAUACCGUCUGCUACAGAUGCAAUGAGAGUGGUCACAUUGCUCGUAAUUGCCGUAAUAGUCGACCCAACAACAAGUGCUAUUCUUGUGGUGAAGUCGGCCACAUCGCCCGCGAAUGCGAGGCUUAAAUCUGCUACCUUCCCACGUUGCAGCCUUCUGGUAUCAUUCUGAGGAAAAAAAUAAAUGAAAAUAGUCCACACUGAUGCGUAUGAAAGAACAUACCACGAAGUUCUAAAGUGUUUUCCCUUGUUAAGAUGCCUUUUGAUUCUGCUAGAUAAGUGUAAAAUAUCCAUCUGCAGCGGUUUAUUAAAAAAAAAAAAGAACUUUUUAGAAAGACGGGACAAAGUGAACAAGUUUUCACGAAGAGUAUUUUAAGUUUAUUUUUAUCGCCAUUUUGUUUUUAUGUUGAGAACAUUUUUUUUUCAUUCCAAUGUUUACAAUCUGCAGUUGAAUAGAUCCAAAAAGAAAAAAAAUUGAACCUGCAGAUUCUAUUACUUCCAGUUGGCGAUGUUUUUGUGGUAUUUUGAAAUCAGAGUCUAAAAUCCAAAAAAUUAGACUUUUCGUGUAAAACGCUCUCUGGUUCCUGCAUAUGCAAAUAGGCGAAGUAUAUAUUGUACAUCUCUUUGCUGAGGACUGUUUUGAUGAAAUAUAUAUUCAAGGUUGUCAUCAAGGGAAGGAUGCUGUUUAACCUGUUUAAAUGAUUUUUUUUUCUUUGUUUAUCUUGACAAGUGUAUGAAAACUGAAAUUUUUAGCUCUCAAUACAACUAAUAAGUGUGCACUUGCUGUUGUUGCACACUAACUAGAGAAAUGAUUUUAUUCAAAUGCUGACUUGUUUACUCUUAUUGCAAAUAGUGAUUGCCACUCUGUUCUUAAAAAAUAGAUGUUUGAUUAUUAAUUGUUCUGAAAAAGUUUAAUUCAGAUUUAAAAAAUUAUCUUAUUUUUGUAUGCUAAAUGUUACAUCUCUGCGAAUUAAAUAAACUUGCACUUGUUACAAGAAAA